AUGGCGACGGGAAUGCCAGAGUGCUCUCCGGCCAUGCUGGUGGCUGCCGGCCUCGCCGUGCUAGCGAUCUGCUCGUACCUUGCCACCAUCGUUGUCCGCCACGGCGCCGCCGGAGCGCAGCGGUACCCGCCCGUGGUCGGAACGGUGUUCCACCAGGUAUAUCACCUCCGGCGGCUGCACGACUACUUCACGGACCUGUUCCGCGAGCACGCGACGUUCCGGCUGCUCGCGCCGGGAGGACGGAGGCAGAUUUACACGUCCGACACGGCGGUGGUCGAACACAUCCUCAGGACCAACUUCGCCAACUACGGCAAGGGCGCGUCUAACUACGACAAGAUGGGCGAUCUCUUCGGAGACGGCAUCUUCGCGGUGGACGGCGACAAGUGGAAGCAGCAGAGGAAGAUCGCUAGCUACGACUUCUCGACGAGGGCCCUCCGGGACUUCAGCGGCGGCGUUUUCAACCGGAACGCCGCCAAGCUCGCGCAUAUCGUCGCCGGCAACGCAGCCGCGAAGCAACCCAUGGACUUCCAGGCCCUGCUGAUGAAAGCGACGAUGGACUCCAUCUUCACCAUCGCCUUCGGCGUGGACCUCGGCACGCUGUCGGGGUCGGACGAGGGGAGCCGCUUCGCCGCGGCGUUCGACGACGCCAGCGAGUUCAUCCUGCUACGUUACGUCGAUGCGUUCUGGAAGGUGUCGAGGUUCCUUAACGUCGGCGCCGAGGCGGCGCUCAGGCACAGGAUCAAGGUCGUCGACGAGUUCGUGUACAAGUGCAUCCGGGCCAGGGCGGACGAGAUGUCGGACGGCAGCAAGGCACACGGCACUGGGUCGAAGGAUGAUCUGCUGUCCAGGUUCAUACUGGCAACCAACAGCGAAACCGGGAAGGUGGAUUACAAGUACCUGAGAGACAUCAUAUUGAACAUAGUCAUGGCCGGCAAGGACACGACCGCCGGAGCGCUUGCCUGGUUCCUUUACAUGAUGUGCAAGCACCCGGAGGUCCAGGAGAAGAUAAGCAAGGAGGCUGCCGGCGCCGGCGACGCCACGUCGUCCAUCGACGACUACUCCCGGAGCCUCACCGAGGAAGCGCUGAACAAGAUGCACUACCUGCACGCCGCCCUAACGGAGACGCUGAGGCUGUACCCUUCUCUCCCGUUGGAUAACAAGGAGUGCUUUUCAGACGACGUUCUGCCCAAUGGCUUCAGCGUCGGGAAGGGAGACAUCGUGUUCUACGCCCCCUACGCCAUGGGCCGGAUGGAGCGGCUGUGGGGCGAGGACGCCAUUGCCUUCCGGCCCGAAAGAUGGCUCGACGAGUGCGGCGAGUUCCUGCCGGAGAGCCCUUUCAAGUUCACAGCUUUCCAGGCUGGUCCAAGGAUCUGCUUGGGAAAGGAAUUCGCGUAUAGGCAGAUGAAGAUCUUCGCGGCUGUGCUCCUCCGCUUCUUUGUGCUCGAGCUACAUGACAAGUACGCCAGCGUCAACUACAGGACCAUGAUCACGCUCUACAUCGACCAGGGUCUCCAUCUUACGGCUACGGCCAGAUGCAUCAUAUAG